UUUUUCCUCCUCCAUACAGGGGACCUCACUUCCCAUGUGAUAUCUGACACGGACACCAUGAGCGAGGCCCUCAACAUAGACCUGAACCUGAUACUGUGGUACCUGAUGAGGGGGACCUUCCUCUAUGGCAUGAUGCUGUGGCUCUCGGUGCCACUGGCCUUGUUUGUCACUGUGGCCCUUCCCUUCAUCUUCCUGGUGCCAAAGCUCUCAGGGAAAUUUUACCAGAACCUGUCACGGGAGGUCCAGGAAUCCCUUGCCAAAGCCAAUGAGGUGGCCAUGGAGAAUUUCCAAGCCAUCUCCACUGUCCGCAGCUUUGCUAAUGAGGACGGGGCAUCUUGGUGCUAUGAGGAGAAGCUUCAGGAGACCUACAAGCUCAACCAGAGGGAGGCUGUGGCUUGUGCUGCCUCCAUGUGGACUAGCAACCUCUCAGGACUGGGUCUCAAGGUUGGCAUCCUGUAUUACGGCGGACACCUUGUCACACUGGGACGCAUGAGCCGCAGUGAUCUUGUUACCUUUGUCCUCUACGAGACGGGGUUUUCCACAGCGGUGCGGGCUCUCCUCCAAAUUUAUCCCAGAGUGCAGAAGGCAAUAGGCUCCUCUGAGAAGGUUUUCGAAUACAUUGACCGGAUGCCCAAGAUCAGCCCUUCAGGCACAUUGGCACCCCAGGACUUGCUGGGACACAUGAUGCUGAAGGAUGUUUAUUUCUCCUACCCUGACCGGGACAGUUCUCUUGUCCUGAAGGGGGUCUCCCUGGAGCUGCGUCCUGGCACAGUGACGGCCCUGGUGGGCCCCUCGGGGUCUGGGAAGAGCACCGUUGUGGCACUACUGGAACGGUUUUAUGAGCCCAAAAAAGGUCAAGUGUUGCUGGAUGGCAGGAACCUGAGUGAAUACGAGAAUAAUUUCCUGCGGCAAAAGGUGGCACUAGUGAGCCAGAUGCCGGUGCUCUUUGCUCAGUCCUUACAUAGGAACAUUGCUUAUGGCUUGGGGGAGCGAAGCCAGGAGGAGGUGAAACAGGUAGCCCAGCGAGUAGGAGCCCAUUGGUUGGUUGCCCGAAUGAGCUAUGGCUAUGACACAGAUGCUGGAGAAACAGGAGGCCAGAUCUCUGGAGGACAAAGGCAAGGGGUUGCCAUCGCUCGGGCUUUGAUCCGAGACCCCAGAGUGCUGCUCCUGGAUGAUGCCACUAGUGCCCUCGACACAGAAAGUCAGCAGGAGGUGGAGAAGGAGAUUUAUGAAGGAGAGGCUCGUGGAAGACGCUCCGUGCUGCUCAUCUCUCACCGCCUCCACAGUGUGGAACGUGCAGAUCUCAUCCUGGUCAUGGAAGAGGGGGAGAUCCGAGAGAAGGGGACCCACAAGGAACUGAUGGAGAGGAAGGGAGCCUAUUGGCAGCUGGUGCAGAGGCAGCAGAACGGGACUGAGGGGGGAGGAAGCAAUGGUGUCCCCAAAGUGAGCAAUGGGCCUCUAUAAUGGUAGCAGGAACAGUGGAGCUUUUUGGCUUAGGCUCCAGAGCCUUACCUAUUGAAGGGGACUUUCCUGGAAGAAAUUAGAAGAUCAGGCCUGGUGAAUCAAGGAUCCAACUUUAUUUAGGGAAAGAAUGCACUUCUGCCUCCCACCCUGACAGACCUGGAUCUAGAGAGAAUAGGAGCCCUGAGUUGCAAGCUUGUACACUCUAAUAUAGUUGUCAAGGUUGCCAAGUCACUACUGCAAAAGUGCCAUGCACUCAAAAAAUUCUAUGAAGCCAGUCACUUGAUAGAGGUUUUGACUAUAGAAUCAUAGAGUUGGAAGAGACCGCAAGGGCCAACCCCCUGCCAUGCAGGAAAUCACAAUCAAAGCAUCCCCGA